AUGUGGUGGUUUUUAUUAGCGCUCUGUAUUAUGUGUGGUCCUGGUCCAGGGGCUGCAUAUAAACGUUCAUCAAUGACAGAUCCAUCUGUAGCAUAUUCAUCGCAAAUGCAAUCCAGGGCCGUCGACACUCGGGUGGAAUUAGAUGUAUUAGAAGGACAACCGAAAGGGACACGAGUUGGUUACAUUCCAACAAAACCUGGAUUUACAUAUCGGUUUAACGAACCACCACGACAAUUUACACUAGAUCCAAAUACAGGCGAAAUUAAAACGAACGCAGUGUUAGAUCGGGAAGGAAUGCAACAAAAUGAUCGUUACGAUUUAGUAGUACUAUCAAGUCAGCCUACGUAUCCAAUUGAGGUACGAAUUACGGUCAUUGAUAUUAAUGAUAAUCCACCCGAAUUUCCCGAAUCAAGCAUAGCAAUAUCUUUUUCGGAGAGUGCUGCAGCUGGGACAAGAUUACUUUUAGAUGCAGCCACCGAUAAAGAUUUAGGUAUAAAUGGUGUAUCAGAUGAAUAUCGUAUUGUGGAUGGUAAUCAAGACGAAAAAUUUCGUUUAAUUGUUACACCAAAUCCUACCGGAGAAGCGUCCUACUUACAUUUAGAAACAACCGGGAAAUUAGAUCGUGAAACUCAAGGACUAUAUAUUUUAAAUAUUUCGGCACGUGAUGGUGGCUCGCCACCCAAAUUUGGAUACUUACAAGUGAAUGUGACCAUUUUAGAUGUGAACGAUAAUCCACCAAUAUUUGAUCAUAGUGAUUACAGUGUAUCGUUAAAUGAAAGUGUACCACCGGGUACACCAGUGUUACAAGUUAUGGCUACCGAUAGUGAUUUGGGUGAUAAUUCUCGUAUAACUUAUUAUUUAUCCGAUACCGAACGUCAAUUUACAGUGGAUCCCGAUACAGGUGUAAUAUCUACAACAGAAUUAUUGGAGUGUCCACAACAAAAUUGUCCUCAAAUUAAACCAGGAACAGCAUGUCCGAAAAGUUGUGUGUUUACUGUAUUUGCUCGGGAUCAUGGCACACCACGACAAGAUGGGCGAACAUAUGUGACCGUUAAUUUAUUGGAUGCUAACGACCAUGAUCCUGUGAUACGAUUUCGAUAUUUCCCAGCCACUGCAGCCUUUGCAACAGUUGAUGAAAAUGCUGUAAAUGGAUCCGUUGUAGCAGCUGUUUCCGUUGUGGACGUUGAUGAAGGUUUAAAUGGUGAGACAAGCGUUCGUAUCGUAUCCGGUAAUGAUUUAAAUCAUUUUCGCUUGGAUUAUACACAAAAUUUUGAUAUUGUUCGUGUGAAUGGUAUCUUAGAUCGCGAGGAAAUAAGUAAAUAUAAUUUAACUGUGAUUGCAACGGAUAAGGGUACGCCACCAAGAACCGCUACAGCGUUUUUGAUAAUUCAUGUGAAUGAUGUUAACGAUCAUGAACCAGUGUUUGAAAAAAGUGAAUAUUCCACAAUUUUAUCAGAAUUAGCUCCACCGGGAACAUAUGUUGCCAGUAUAAUAGCCACUGAUGAAGACACUGGUGUCAAUGCACAAAUAUACUAUUCAUUUGUUUCCGGGAAUGAUCAUGAUUGGUUUAUGAUGGAUCCAAAUUCGGGCUUGAUUACAACUAAAAAACAAUUGGAUCGUGAAGUUCAAGGUACUGUAGAGUUACGUAUCUCUGCUAAAGAUGGUGGACCAAAUCCAAAAUGGGCAUAUACCCAAUUAAAAAUAACAAUUUUAGAUGAGAAUGAUGAAGCACCACAAUUUUCCCAGCAGUACUUACAUGUUAAUCUAUCUGAGAACACACCGCCAGAUACAUUAAUUGCAAUGUUAACUGCUGCGGAUCAUGAUCAAGGAACGAAUGGCAGUGUUACAUAUAUAUUACAAUCGGAUGUACAUCAACGUUAUCCAAAUACAUUUAUGUUAGACUCAUUAACGGGACAAUUAACAACGCGCAAACAAUUAGAUCGUGAGCAAAUAUCACAUUAUAUGAUACAAGUCAUAGCAAAAGAUCAAGGUAUACCACAGCAAUCAUCCACAGCGACAGUAUUCUUAAAUGUGUUGGAUAUUAAUGAUAAUAAUCCAGAAUUCUAUCCUCAACACUAUUUCAUAACGAUCAAAGAUGAUGCUCCUAUUGGAACAUCUAUAUUAAAGGUAACUGCUUUUGAUGCGGAUGAAGGAGAUAAUGCAUUAAUUACAUAUAACUUAGAAAAUGGAGGAGAUGCCUUAUUUGUUGUAAAUGAAUUAACCGGUGUAGUGUCCUUACGUGGUAAUAUUACAAAUUCACCAAACCCUUUAUAUAAAUUAAAAAUAUCCGCUACAGAUCAUGGUGAUAAAAGUGCUUCAGAAGAUGCUGUCGUUGAAAUUAUGAAAGCGUCAUUUGUAGAAAAAUUAGAAUUUGAUAAUAUUGCUGGCUAUGAAUUUGUAAUACAAGAAGAUGCCGAUGGAAUUCCACCUAAUAUUGGACGAGUUGUCGAUUCAGUUCAUGUACGAAAAUUUGUGGAUAAUAUUAAUUAUAAAAUAGUUUAUGGUGAUCGUAAACAUAACUUUAAUAUUAACGAACAAACGGGUGUGAUUACAACAGCGACAAAAAUCGAUCGUGAACAAAAUAUUAUGUAUAGUUUAACAGUGAUUGCACGCGCUGGUUUAGCUUUUGGGAAAACUAUUGUGAAUAUAUCAGUACAAGAUUUAAAUGAUAAUCCACCAGUGUUUCCACGGGAUAAAGAUGAGGUACGCGUACCGGAAAAUGCUGCCGUCGGUCAAGAAAUAUUUCUAGCCCGGGCUAGAGAUCGUGAUGCUGGUGUUAAUAGUCGUUUAACAUAUAAUUUAACUUAUAAUCCUGAUGAACAAUUUCGUAUAUCUGAAUCCACUGGU